AUGAAUCAGGUCGACGAUUCCGCCGACGAAACAACGGGAGAUGAAAUCGUGAAUCAAUAUCUGGCUAAGCAGGCACACCGUUAUGGGUUUUUACUGUUCAGGUUGAGUACUCACAUGAACGUCAGUGAGAAAACUCGACUCCAACACUGCCUGAGCGCCUUGUUCCCCAAUGCAGGUGACGUCGAUCGCCUUCAAAAUGCUCUUUAUUAUGGUUGCAACGUUGGGAAGGCAGCCAACUUGAAGGAACUCGUCGAAAUCCUUGGCCAAUGGCAGCUUGUACAAUUGAUCAUUAUGAUCGUGUUGUUCGACUUGGGCAGACGGAUGGUCUUGAUGCACCCGUCGGCCGUGGGGGGCUACCACCCGCUUCUUUGGUUGACCGAAGGUCCUUUCUAUGCAAUGGAGGUGCAGCCAUCGAGUACCUUUACUUACGGCGGGACCUCAAUCGAUACGCGAGGAUAUGCCUUGACGGUGGACAAAAGCAUCAUCCCUGGCUUACUCGUGGCGGGCGUCGAUGCCGGCGGAUUUAGUAGCCUGGGUUAUGCGGGCUGCCUGCCCUCGCUUUUGUUACAGGGUUCUGGGCUGCUCGAGAAACUAGACGAGAGCUGGGGUUUGCUAGAGCCUCGUCUCCCAGCUGCCGAUACCCAGAGACGCGGCACCUAUGAAGGGGCGACUUUGAUUCAGUAUGACGACGUCUCUCGAUGGAUAACAUGUAGCACCAGGGGAACGUUAAUGGAUAUCAAAAACGUGUGGUUGGGGAUGCCAUCAUGGGUUUUUCUACGCUCGUAA